UUGACCCCUAAACAACAGCUAUGCUAGCUGGCCAGCUAGUCACAUUUCCACCGUUAAAUUUCAUUCUGUCUUGUAGUGUCAUAAAUCAGCACAGACCAGCGUUUCUGUUAUGAUCAGUCGCAUUAAGGCCAAAGAAACAAUUUGAGAACAAAGAACUGAGGUUAGGAAACAGGUCAUAGUAUGGCUGGGAUUAAAGAUGCAUAUCAGCUCAUAGACCCUGUAACGCUGAGACUCGGAGAAGAGAGUGUCGCAUCCCACCUUUACUGCAGCUCCGUCAAGGGCAUUGAAGCUCGUUUGUCCACUUUGGUAGAGGCCUUCUUGGUUGAGGUGUUCCGCUGCCGAGUGUGCCAAUUCACCAGCAGUCUGAAGACUAGGAUCUGCAGUCACGUCACCGAGAGCCAUUCUUCAACAUCAUCGUCACCAUGUCGCCACCUCUCCUGCCUGGAGAAGGAGGAUGAGGGGAGUUUGACUGAGCUCGACCAGAACGCCUCUCCUUAUGAUCUCCAUUCUGGCUCCAAAAAUGGCGAGGACCACAUGGACAUGGACCGAAUGUUCCUGCUCCCAAUGUAUGGCAUGCUGCAGAACAUCAGCCCACCGCCAUGCGAUAUCAGUUUGAGCGCCAACUCUGACAGCAACCUUCAUGUGGCCCAGACGUGCGAGGUGAGCACUUUGUUUGACGAAGACAGACACAGCGAAGAAGAGAACGUCUUCCAGCUGGAGGAUUCCAGCCAUGCACUCCAAGGGCCCCUUUCUGCUGAAAUCACCUGUGCUGAGGAUGAAGAAAUGGCGCAGUCUGCUCAUUUAAUGACCCUUGGCUUGUGCAGAAUCUCUAGUGCCAAAUGUCCCUCUCAGCCUGCCGCCUUGUCUGUGCCUCCAGGUGGACAGGAUGUCUCAGAGACUUCCCUGGAAGACAAACAACCCCUUCUUACCACAUCUGAAAUACAAAAGCAGGCUGAAGAGGAAAUGGGGCUUUCCUGUGUUUUCUGUCAGGCAGUCUUGGCUAACCAUAGCCUGCUAGAGGUGCACCUGAAGUGCCACGACGGACGUUCAGGAGAGCAGAUUUGUGUGAAGCUCACCAGAAGAGGCAUAACCGAGCUCGGACUAAGCCUGCUUCUCUGACGCAGUGCUCCCUGUGCUUCGAGUGGUGCCGCCCGGGGCAGGAGUGGGAGAUGCACCAGCGCUGCCACUUUCAGGGAGGGUUUAAGUGCUUUUACUGCAAUUUCACAG